ACGGAUUGUCUGGAAAGCUAUAACGAGAGAGAGCUACUGUGGAAGAUUGUUUACUCGAGGAGAUUUGGAGACAACUAUCGACACUGGGAUGGCCGACAAAGAAACCAAACAAGUGAUUUUAUGACUCAAAGAUAGAAAUCCGAUUGUCCUGGAUAAAGUCUCAUGCUGUUGGAGGUUUUAUGUCAACUCUGUAAAGAAAGUGUGUUUUGAUAUUGAUUGAGCAGCAGGUGAUGAAAAGAUGAAAUGCAAAUUGCUGAAAUUGAAGACGCAAAAAAGAGACGACCGUUCACUAGGCUACCUUUAAAAAUGAACGGGACCAAAAAUUUGGCACGGGACGAAAAUCUGCAAUCAUUUGAUGACCAGGCAUGUUCCCCUUCUUUGGUCGGUGGAUUACAACAACAAUCAAUUAAUUUGUCAGCAGCCAACAUUCUCCUCUCCCUCACAGCAUUUCUUGGAAAUUCUGUCAUCCUUGUUGUCCUUCUUCCUGAGGAAUCUUCCCUUCAUCCUCCGUCCAAACUUUUGUAUCGUUGUCUGGCAACAACUGAUCUGUUGGUUGGCCUGGUAUGCCAGCCUCUCUAUGCUACUUAUUGGAUGUCCGUCUCUUACGAACACUGGAGCCUUUGUAGAUUUGCAUAUGACGCAUUCUCUGCAUCAGCCUAUGCAUUAUGUUCAGUGUCGUUGUUAACGAUGGCGGCCAUAAGCGUGGAUAGACUUCUCGCCUUGUUGUUGGGGCUGAGGUACAGAGUACUCGUAACUUUGAAACGUACUUAUAUUAUUUUAGCUACCUUUUGGGUGUUAUCUGGUUUCACUGCGAUAUGCUACCUUUUAGAUUACCGUAUAGCCACGUGGAAUAGCAUUUUAUUCAUACCAUCGUGCCUAUCUAUCUCACUGGUCUCGUACACAAAGAUUUUCCGCACGCUUAGUCAUCAUCAGGCUCAAGUACAAGAUCACGUUCAACAGCAGCCGAACCAACCAAACGCAUUGAACAUGGCGCGGUACAGGAAGGCAGUGUACAGUGCCUUGUGGGUGCAGUUAGCAUUUGUUAUUUGUUAUGUACCAUUUACUAUAGUGGAAACUGUGAAUGCUUUAAGUAAAACAUAUUCAUCACACUUAGUCAUCAACUGGGGAAUAGCACUUUCCUUUCUCUAUUGUAACUCAACGUUAAACCCGUUUAUUUACUACUGGAGGAUUAGGGAAGUAAGGCGAGCAGUGAAGCAGAAAAUCAGACAAGCCCUUCACUUUUAGUGUUUUCAAAGCUGACUUACAAAGUCGCGGUUAUCAGAUUGAAAUAAAGAGAGCCCGUAAGAAAUUCUAUUUGAAACAAGAAAUGGGAGGCUCAGUAAGCCGUCUUGCAAGCUGUUUUUGAUAUUCUUUAUGAAUUCCUCAUGGAAUCACUUACCAUCUGUUAAGAAGCGAAAGCACUUAUCCUAAAUACGAAAUACACAAUCGAGAAGGAAAACAUAACGGUUUGCAUGCAUGGUCAAGAAGCAAUCGAGAUGUGAGUUAUAUUUUACUUCCCUGUCUAACUUUCUUUUCAAAAUCUCUCGUUUUUCCAAAAUUUAACGUAACUUUUAAAUUCUUUGUGUGUCCUGGAUGAUUAAUUACUUUUCAACUUUUAGUGGGAUAAGUUUCUGCAGAAAUUGUCAUGCUGCGUCAGUGAAGGGUAUUACAAGAUAAUUUGGUUUUAUCGACUGAGUUGAUAAUGUAAAUAAGCCACCAUAAAGGGCUCACUUUUCAAGCCUAAGCCUUUUGUCAGAGCGAGCCAAAUUCUCUUACCUUAAAGGGUACAGGUAACAAUGGAUUCAUGCGUUCAUUAAAAUCUGAAGCACGCGGGAAGUUUUGAGAGCUUGAAAGAUAAGUAAGAGUCGCUAAAGACGUAGUCGAGAGCAACAAGAGGUUCCUAAAUAAUAAAUUUUGUUUAAAAGGCAUAACUUUCAUUCUAUUACAAGGACUAUCGCUCAAGGGAAACGCAAUAAGAAUAAAUCAGUCACUUGCCGAAUACAUGAAAGCUUCCGUGAUACGACAAUAUUUUUCAUGUCUUUCUGCUCAAAAGAUGUUUGAAAAAAAAGAAAUUGUAUCCAGGGUUUAACAGGCUAACUUUAGCAUGUUAUCCAUAAAAACCACUAUGAAUCUGAAACGGAAAUAAAGGAGCUGCAAAACGUAAUUGAUUACACAAACAUCUUAAAAUAAGUUUGCUCCUGUGGCCAUACAUUAAUUUUGAAUAUUUGUAUAGCGAACUCAGAAAAUGUCAUAAUUAAAUUUUUCCCGAGCUAAAUGACAUCACUAGUACGAGUCAUUACACUGUAAAAAAAAUCAUA